AUGUCCACAAACUUCCCCAAACCCUCUUUGCUCCCAAAUCUGUUCACUGAAUUUCCACAAGUUCCUUGGGAAACAUCCGAUUUUUCACAGAGAAGCAGUGUUUGGCGGUACACCUGCUCCAUCUGCUGGCCAAUUACGGGAACUACAGUGGCCAGUGGAGAAAACAUCCUUUUCCUUGUCUACAAUCUGCCAGAGGAUAUUAUGGCCUUUGCCUGGUACAAAGCUUUCCUUUGGAGUUGUGGGCGCCAUGACACAUCUUCUAAGCCCACUAUUGAAUCAAUGCCACCCAGCAUUGAUGAAGGGGGCAGUGUUCUUCUACUGGUUCACAAUCCCCCAGAGAAUACUGAAGCCUUUAUCUGGUUCAAGGAGAUGUCUGUGUUCAAGAAAAUUGAGAUUGCCCAAUACAUCAUAGACAGGAAAUCAACUGUGUGGGGGCCUGCAUACACUGGAAGAGAAGAACUGUAUAGUGACGGAUCCCUGCUGCUUCACGGCAUCACUGAAAAAGACCCUGGACUGUACACUCUGCAAAUUGUGACGACAGACAUGAUACGUGAGGAAACACAAGUGCAGCUCCAGGUGCACACCCCCCUUUCUCCAUGCUGUAUGCUUACUUCUUCACAACUCAUGAUCCAUUCAGUGCCUCAGUAUGCUGCUGCAGGGGGAAAUGUACAUUUCCAAGUUCACAAUCUUCCAAAACACGUGAAAGCCAUUUCCUGGUACAAAUUGGUAAAUAGCUACCAGGUCCUCAAAAUUGUUGAAUACAGCAAAAUCACGACUUCUACCUCCUGGGGGCCUGAAUACAGAAGAAGAGGAACAAUGCACCAUGACGGAUCACUGAUGCUCGAGGAUCUCACUGAGAAAGAUGAAGGAAUAUACACACUACAAAUUUUAAAGAAAGAUUUGAAAAUUGAAAAAUCAUUUGUGAAAUUUUACAUGAGGAAGAAUUUGGCACAGCCCUUUGUGCAAGUCACUGAUACCACAGUUGCAGGACGAAGAUCUGUGAUCUUCACCUGCAUUUCACCUGAUGCCGAUGUCUCUAUUCACUGGAUCUUCAAUAACCAGAGUAUGCAUCACCUAGAGAGGAUGACUCUGUCCCCAACUAAGUGUGGAUUCCGAAUAAAUUCUUUCAUGAGUGAGGAUGCUGGAGAGUAUAAGUCCUCCCUUUUAACCUGCUGGCAUCUCUCCACCACUGAUCAUAUCACCAUUCGAUCAGUUCCACCCCAAGUGGCCAGUGGAGAAAACGUCCUUUUCCUUGUCCACAAUAUGCCACAGGAUAUUCUGGCCUUCCUCUGGUACAAAGGCAAGGCAAAAAUGAAACAUGGAAUUGCACUGUAUGCACUGCACAUGAAUUUAAGUGUGACAGGGUUUGCACACAGUGGAAGAGAGACAAUAUAUCGCAACGGAUCCCUGCUCCUGGAACAUGUCACUGAGCAGGACUCAGGAAUCUACACCCUACGAACCAUAGAUAGAAGGCUAAAGAUUGUAUCAACAACAAUCAUGAACCUUCAUGUGUACCCUGUCCUUUGGACUUGUGGGCGCCAUGACACCUCUUCCAAGCCCACCAUUAAAUCAGUGCCGCCCAGCAUUGCUGAAGGGGGCAGUGCUCUUCUUCUCAUUCACAAUCCCCCGGAGAAUAUUGAAGCCUUUAUCUGGUUCAAGGAGCUGACUGUAUUCAACAAAAUUGAGGUUGCCCAAUACAACACAGAAACGAAAUCUACUGUGUGGGGGCCUGCAUACACUGGAAGAGAGACACUGUAUAGUGAUGGAUCCCUGCUGCUUCAUGGCAUCACUGAAAAAGACCCUGGACUGUACACUCUGAAAAUUGUGAGAACAGACAAGAUACAUGAGGAAACACAAGUGCAGCUCCAGGUGCACACCCCCCUUUCUCCAUGUUCUUCCCAACUCAAGAUCCAGGCAGUGCCUCAGUAUGCUGCUGAAGGGGGACACGUAUAUUUUCAAGUUCACAAUCUUCCAAAAGAUGUGAAAGCCUUUUCCUGGUUCAAGUUGGUAAAUAGGGAACAGGUCCUCAAAAUUGUUGAAUACAGCAAAAUCACGACUUCUACCUCCUGGGGUCCUGAAUACAGAAAAAGAGGGACGAUGCACAAUGAUGGAUCACUGAUGCUUGAGGAUCUCACUGGGAAAGAUGAAGGGAUGUACACACUAGAAAUUGUAAACAAAGAUUUGAAAAUUGAAAAAUCAUUCCUGAAAUUUUACAUAAAGAAGAAUUUGGCACAGCCCUUUGUGCGAGUCACUGACACCACAGUUGCAGGACAAAGAUCUGUGAUCUUCACCUGCAUUUCACCCAACGCUGAUGUCUCUAUUCACUGGAUCUUCAAUAACCAGACUAUGAAUCACCUACAAAGAAUGACUCUGUCCCCAACAAAGUGUGGACUCAGAAUAAAUCCUUUCACAAGUGAAGAUGCUGGAGAGUACAAGUGCGUGGUCUCCAAAGGAUUCCGUUCAAAGACCAGUCUCUCAGUCUCCUGGCUUUGA